AUGAAUGGUCGCCUCUCGGGCAGUGCCGAAAAGGACAAUCGAGACCCUCAAUCGCACCUGCUUUCCCCACUUUCAGGGAAAAUCGAGAUAUCUAUCAAUCGCACCUGGAAAAUCGAGACCCUCAAUCGCACCUGUUUUCCCCACUUUCAGGGAAAAUCGAGAUAUCAAUCGCACCUGUUUUCCCCACUUUCAGAGAAAAUCGAGACCCUCAAUCGCACCUGUUUUCCCCACUUUCAGGGAAAAUCGAGACCCUCAAUCGCACCUGUUUUCCCCACUUUCAGGGAAAAUCGAGACCCUCAAUCGGAAAAUCGAGACCCUCAAUCACACCUGUUUUCUCCACUUGCAGGGAAAAUCGAGACCCUCAAUCACACCUGUUUUCUCCACUUGCAGGGAAAAUCGAGACCUGUCCCUGUUGUGAGUGGCGUCGUCGGCCGGGACACAGCUCUGCCAGCGGAGAGUGUUGACACCAAAAGCACACAGGAAGGAAUCACGCCCUGGGGAAGUGCCUCUCAGACCUUCUGGGGAGCUGAUACCAUCUAUCCCUCGGGAGGUGAUGAAGACUAUCCCUGGGGAGGCGAUGAUGACUAUUCCUGGGGAGGUGAUGAAGACUAUCCCUGGGGAGGUGAUGGCGACUCUCAGUGGGAUGGUGGAGAUGACAGUUCGUUUGUAGAUCUAAAUCGCCAAGAUUUUUUUUUUAUAAGGGAAGAUGACACUCAAGCCCCGUGGGGAGGUGGCAAUCAUGCCGCACAGGGAGGUAAAAAUCAGGACCCCUGGGGAGGUGACACGCAAGCUCCGUUUGGAGGUGACACACACGCCCCCUGGGGAGGGGACAUACAUGCCCCCUGGGGAAGUGACACUCAAGCCCCUUGGGGAGGGGAUGCUCAAGCCCCUUGGGGAGGUGACACUCAAGCCCCUUGGGGAGGUGACACUCAAGACCCUUGGGGAGGGGACACUCAAGCCCCUUGGGGAGGUGACACUCAAGCCCCUUGGGGAGGUGACACUCAAGCCCCUUGGGGAGGUGACACUCAAGCCCCUUGGGGAGGUGACACUCAAGCCCCUUGGGGAGGUGACACUCAAGCCCCUUGGGGAGGGGACACUCAAGCCCCUUGGGGAGGGGACACUCAAGCACCUUGGGGAGGUGACACUCAAGCCCCUUGGGGAGGGGACGCACACGCCCCCUGGGGAGGAGACGCACACGCCCCCUGGGGAGGAGACGCACACGCCCCCUGGGGAGGAGACGCACACGCCCCCUGGGGAGGAGACGCACACGCCCCCUGGGGAGGAGACGCACACGCCCCCUGGGGAGGAGACGCUCAAGCCCCCUGGGGAGGAGACGCUCAAGCCCCCUGGGGAGGGGAUGCUCAAGCCCCUUUGGGAGGAAACGCUCAAGCCCCUUUGGGAGGAGACGCACAAGCCCCUUUGGGAGGAGACGCACAAGCCCCCUGGGGAGGGGACGCUCAAGCCCCCUGGGGAGGGGACGCUCAAGCCCCUUGGGGAGGGGACGCUCAAGCCCCUUGGGGAGGGGACGCUCAAGCCCCUUGGGGAGGGGACGCUCAAGCCCCUUGGGGAGGGGACGCUCAAGCCCCUUGGGGAGGGGACGCUCAAGCCCCUUGGGGAGGGGACGCACAAGCCCCUUGGGGAGGGGACGCUCAAGCCCCUUGGGGAGGGGAUGCUCAAGCCCCUUGGGGAGGGGACGCUCAAGCCCCUUGGGGAGGGGACGCUCAAGCCCCUUUGGGAGGGGACACUCAAGCCCCUUGGGGAGGGGACACUCAAGCCCCUUUGGGAGGGGACACUCAAGCCCCUUUGGGAGGGGACACUCAAGCCCCUUUGGGAGGGGACACUCAAGCCCCUUUGGGAGGGGACACUCAAGCCCCUUUGGGAGGGGACACUCAAGCCCCUUUGGGAGGGGACACUCAAGCCCCUUUGGGAGGGGACACUCAUGCCCCUUUGGGAGGGGACACUCAUGCCCCUUUGGGAGGGGACACUCAUGCCCCUUUGGGAGGGGACACUCAUGCCCCUUUGGGAGAGGACACACACGCCUCCUGGGGAGGAGACGCUCAGAAUGUACGAGAUGAGCCUCAGGUCCCACCGGGUAGUGGUACUCGAGUCCCAUUGAAUGAUGGCAUUUAUAUUCCUGGUGAUGGCUCCAAGGCCCCUUCUGAUGAUGUGCCUCAGAGCUUGUCGGGAGAAAGCUCUCAGAUCCCUUCGAGUGAUGGCUCUUCAGUCAUAUUGGAACAUGGCACUCAAUUUUCAUGGGAAGUUGGCUCUGAGAGCUCUUGGGGCGACACAGUAAAUUCAUUGAGAGACGACACUCCAUCAUUCCUGGGAAGUGAAACUCACAACACUUUAGUAGCAGACCCACAGAGUACUUGGAACACGGGAGAUGGCGACUCGACCAACCCAUGGGGAGAGGAUACUGGUAGUCAGGACUUCCUAGGAGAGGACAGUCACAGAUAUAAGGGAUCAUUUGAACCUCAGGAACCCAGUGGCGAUUAUUUUGGCCAGCCUGGUGUGAGCGACAGUGCUGGGGAGUCAUUCUUCCUUGGACCCGAAGUCCAGAUGUUUCACCAGGAAAGCCCAACUAGCAACGACCAACAGGACGUGCUUUACUUUGCGCUGGAGGACAUCCUAGAGCAGGCCGAGUCCUAUAGCAACGAAAAGGUUCCACGGUUCUUGUCCUAUAUUAAGCCUAUGGAAGCUGGCCAUUCUUUUGACUUUGCAGAAGAGGAGAAUGUCAGGAACCAAUACACUGAGAAUCAUAUUGAAGUUGAGCAGUACUUCGAUCCCCUCUCCUAUGGGAUUAGGAAACGUGGACUUCAUGAGCCUAUGCUUCUUCCUGAGAUGCCCAAGAUUGAGGGCCAAGAAAGCAAGGAGGAUGAGCACAUGUCUAAAGAGAUGAUGGAUCACUUGGGUUUUGAAGUGACCAACCCCUUAGAAGUGAACAAAGGCAAGCUCUACCAGAUGGACAUGCUGAUCCCUAAAGAGCAGAUGGACCACGUCAUGAGGGACCUUGAGACCAACGGCGCCGAGGGCAAGAAAGCCAUUUCGGACAAACGAUACCACUGGCCUGUCGGGCGUGGGGGGUAUCCGCUUGUGCCCUAUACCUUUGAGGACGCAAAGGUAAACCAAGGUAUCUGUCUGAAGGCGAUGAAGGAAUGGAUGAACCACACUUGCGUCAAGUUCGAGGAGGUGGAGCGAGGGACGCGGACACCCCACCUGCAGUUCGUUCAGGGCAAUGGAUGCUUUUCCUUCAUUGGGCGCAUCUGGUUCUAUAAGGGUCAGCACGUCUCCAUUGGGAGGAACUGUGGUACGUACGCAGCCGUGCAUGAGGUAGGUCAUGCCCUGGGCCUCUUCCACGAGCAGUCUCGGCCGGGUCGGGACAAGGAAAUCCGCGUGAACAGCGAAAACAUCCAUAGCAGCUCCUUGUUUAACUUCGAGGCGGUUAAGUUCAACGUCAUCAACAACUAUGGGGUCAAGUAUGAUCUCACUUCCGUUAUGCACUACAGAGCGAAGACCUAUUACAACGGUGGUCUGACCUUGUCCACUAUCAACCCCCUUCACCAAGAACUAGUUGGUACCAUGGCUACUUUGAGUCACAGAGACAAGUUGCUGGUCAAUCGCAUGUACAGAUGUAUAGAUAAGUGGUUAAAAGCAUGUGGAAUGAACACGGACCCUUGCAAGAACGAGGGAUACUUGGGUGUGAACUGUACCUGCAUUUGUCCUCCAGGAACUUGUGGCGAGAACUGCCAAUAUCUGGUGGGGGAUUAUUAUGAUACGUUCCUGUCUGGUUGCUCAGAGAACAUUACCGUCGCCUCAACCAUACAGUCUGUAGAUUUCCCAAAGCAUGUACCAGCAGGCGUGAAAUGCACCAAGUGGAUCAUUCCCCCAGAGUGCCAUCAGGUGGAGCUCACCUUCACCUACUUCUUCAUGUACCCGCGCAUCCAGUGCCAGAACAAACAAAAGUGCUGUUACUGGGAUGGACUGGAAAUCAGGACUAAGAGCCCUUACACAGGCACGUGGUACUGCGGCAGCGAGAUCUCCCCGGGCCGGAAGUUCACCCACUCCAAGAGCAUAAUCCUUUACUACCACGCCACGUCUCGUUUCUCCAGAGGAUGGCAAGCGCAGGUUAGGUUCCUCCCAAUAGCAGGAUGCAAGAAGCAAGGAAAAGCUGGCACAGAGAAGCCCAGCCUGCCCGAAGAACUGACCAGGACGGUGUUCAAUACGAUGACCAUCUUUUCCUUGAACACCGCUGUGAACGAGUUUCUCCCGCCCAAAGGAGACCCGGGGAAGUGUGGUCUCCAAGAGGACUUCGGAAACGUGCACUGGAACUCGCCUCUUUAUGGCUUCGAAAAGUAUCCGCGGAACUUCUCGUGUUUUUUCACCGUGGUUCCUAACUUCCCGGUCGCAGUCAAUGUGAAGUUUGACUACUUCAAACUGCAGCCCAGGAUCAGAGAGGCGUGUGUGGACAGUGUCGACUUAGUAGAACCCUUCAGCCAAGAAAAGAAGUUUUGUGGAUCCCAGACAAGCGAGAUGCUCCUUCCCAGCAGUGCCUUCACAGCAAGAUUCGCCUCCGACAAGAACUACAGUUAUCAAGGCUUCAACAUCACUUUCGAGUCCCUGAGCGAUUCGGCUUGCCAUAAGAUUCUAAAUGUAGCUGCAGGAGAGACAGGAAUGAUCACCACGCCAAACUACCCUGGUCUCCAUGGACGAAAGUGCGUGUGCGAGUGGUGGAUCAUUGCUCCCACAAACAAGAAGAUCAAGAUUUUAAUCGCGGGUAAAAGGAUCGGGCGAUGUCAUGAAAAUUACCUCGUGGUGGAUCUUCAGGGAACCCGGAGUUACUACCGGCCGUUAAGCUCAAGAGUCUGCGGAGAAAAUAAUCUGCCCGUCUCCCUCCUCUCGUCUGGCAACGAGUUGAACGUGGUGUAUAAAUCCAUGAGGAAUUCUAAAGGCUUCAUAUUCAGUUUGAGGUUAUUUGACUUUUCACGUUAAAUUUUUAUGGCAUUAUAAUUGUAUAAAUAAUUAGUUUUUACAUUAUCGUUUUAUCUAUUUAUUGUUCAUAGGCGUUGUGUGAAUGUUGCAGAUCUUUGAUCCUAACGGUUGUAUAAUUGAUAUUAUAAUUAAUACUGUGUAAAAAAAAUAACUUUUAUAUUGUACUAUUUUUUAUCGAAACUGAUGGUCUAGAAUAUUUGUUUUACCUUUUUUGCAAUAAUAAUGCUUUCAUAAUUC